CUCAUCACACUUCUAUAUAUAUUACUCUUAUCUCAGUCAUCUUCCUCACCCCACUCAUCACUCUUUUCUGCCUCCUUCUUUGCUUUCCCAUAUUCACUACAAUUCUCCUUUUGCUUCUUCCCAAAAUGGCCAGUGUUCAGGUAGCACAAGCAGUGAAAGACAACGAAAAGGAAACAGCCUCGGAACAACCAGCGGUCAUAACCGAGGUUGCUGCAAAAGUUGAAGAAGAAAAAGAGACAAAGGAAGAAGCAAAACCUGCUGAGGAGGCUAAAGCCGAUAAGGAUGUUGAAGAAGAAGCUAUGAAGAAGGAAGAGAAUAAAGAAACUGCCGAAGGAAAGAAAGCCACUGAAACUGAAUCAUCAGUUGCAGAAGAAGAAGAAGAAGAGAAGAAGCCAGUGAUGGAAACAGACAUGGAAGCCGCCAAGGAAGUUCCUGUUGAGGGAACUGAUUAAGCUUAUUACUAAGAGAGGCCUUUCAAUGAGAGAGGAAAAAAAAGUGGGUUUCACUAGUAUUCCCUUUAAUUUCUCUCUCUCUCUCUCUCUCUCUCCCUCUCCCUAUUUAUAUUUGGCUUUCUUCAGGCUUUCGUUCUGGUUCUGCAUGCUUGAAUUCUCAGCUCGCUAUAUAUAAUUUUGUGUUUGAUAAUGGUGAAAAGGUGCUGAGCUCCUCACGAGUUUAUGAUAUGAAAGAUAUGGCUAUACACGUUUGAUCAUCUUCGUAUGCUUGCAUGUAUGCAAUUUACUCCUUUUUUUUUAA